AUGUCUCGAUGCUUCGCUAAGAUCCUCUUUCCAACAGCGCCAAAGAACUCGAACACUAUCAACGUGUGCGCCACACUUUCGAAGGUCCCAACAACCCUCAUAAAGCUCCGAACCUUACUGCUGCCUCCAGAAUCCCAGCUCCUACAACGAAUGAUCACCUCCAGCCGCCAGCACCCAGCAAGCGUCCUAAGCCCAUCAGCCGCACCGGUACCAUUAGGCAAUCGGAUCCGAAAAGGCAAGGGAAAGGGCAAAGCUACGCAAUGGGAUAGCGAUGACGAUGAUGAUGACGAUGCUUAUGUGACUAGUAAUGACUUUGCAGGGACCCCUGAGCGAAAGCGGAGUGGAGUCAACGGCUUUGGAGACGUGGGAGGGAAUGAUGACGAGGAGAUCUAUGGGUGA